GCCACCGUGGAGAGCAGUUUGUAUCGCCUGAAGCUCACCUGGCAGGUACGGAUGGAAACCAGACAGCAAGAGUUGUACUCUAGUGUUCUGAGUGACGCAGUGGUGGACUGGGGCCACAUGGGUCCUGGAGAGGAAUGGGUUAACACACCCACACACGGGGGAGAGCAGGGAUGGACUCAGGGUACAGCUUACUGCUCGGGUGAGGAAUCAGUUAUCAGGAGUUUGUACGGAGAAGACUCGGACCAAAUGCUCCAAAAUGGGGAACACAUGACAGAGAGAACAGCCACGCAUAGGGAAGAGCAGGGUAAAACCUCUCCAGCAGAGGGGGAUGGGACAUCCCCACAUCUCGGUGAUGAAUGCGUCAUGGCCACCACUUGGGACAUGCACCUUUACACUACAGAGAGAGGACACCUCAGAACAGGUCUUCUGGAUGCAGAGCCAUUCAGAGAGGCUGAUGAAGACAUUGUGUCAGAGGUCAACCUGAACAACUCCAUCAUGACAGAGGAGGAAAGAGAGGAAAUUCAGCAAGAACUGGCUAAACUGGAAGAGGAGAUCAAUACUUUGAAGCAGGUGCUGUCCUCUAAAGAGAAGCAGCACGCAGAGCUCAAACAGAAGCUGGGCAUCACUCCCCUGAGCGAGUUCAGAAACAACUUCACCAAAGGCUGGCAUGACAUGCAGAGCUCCACCGCCUAUAGGAAGACGUCAGAGACACUGACCUCAGCAGGACAGAAAACCUCAGCAGCGUUCAGCACCCUGGGCACCGCCAUCACCAGGAAGUUCGGAGACAUGAGGUCCAACUCCAUAGGCUACUCUAUCCGACACUCCAUGAGCAUGCCCACCAUGAGAAACUCUCCAAGCUUCAAGUCAUUUGAGGAGAGGGUUGAAAAUACAGUGUCCAAUAUCAAGACCAAAGUGGGGGGGCCAGGGACUGGAGGAAGCUUUGAGGAAGUCCUCUCCUCAGCGGCAAAUGCCACCUCUCAGGAAACGCCCACCAACAACUUGACGGACAUCUCCGAGAGGCCCUGUUAGAGCUGCGCUCGCUCCAUGAGGCGGGAACACACCAGGAAAUCACCAAAGGAUCCCGGCACUUUGUCCCAUCUCUGGCUGGAUCCACGCAGGCUCAAGGCUAAGGCUGAAUAUAAUAGAUGGCGUUGUGAUUUGAUGAUAAGUGUUAAGAUGCUUUCAAAGACAAAGCUAUGUAUGUGAUAACAUUUCCCUCUAUCACUUACUUGGAAUCGUUUUCCUCCUGCCCUGAAUCCUUAACAUGAUGGCUAGUGGAGAAUUAAUCACACUUUCUACCACACCAGGGUCAAGGUUUCCACUAAAUUUACUUUAAAUGCUUUAAAACAGCAGCUGUCAACCUAUUUGGUCAAAUGGCUGACUUCUGGAGCGUACCAAACUUGAUUGGUUGAAAAUGUCACACAGAGCUACCUGAUAAAUGGUUCUUUGAUCAUACUAGAUGGCUAGUAAACACAAUGAGCCUCUGGACAUAUUCACAUUUAAAAAUCUCAAUUCACGUCUAAGCUCGCUCCAUUCCUCUGGUGUAAAGGAAGGGUCCCCUCCACUCUGUUACACUGAGGUCCAGGAACACUGCUUCUGAUGUCAGGUAACCACACAGAGCAAGUUUACUUAUUACAGUAACUGGGAUCAGCAGAGACACCGUCACCUGCCAUCCAGUGGCUUCCAAAGCACAUUACACCUCAGCUGCUCUUUAAAUGGGGCUGGGAGGAGUGGCAACAUGUGAUUUUGUGCUCUUACAGUUACAGGUUUAGGACAUGAGGCAGGAUGGGCAGAUUCCAAGUCAAAAGCAGCCCAGAUCCUUUCCUGGCCUGCAUCUCUUCUGUCUCCCGGCUUCAUGUUUCACCUCAGCUCAGUGCCUCCUGGCUUGGCUCAUGCAGUUGCCCCAUUAUCAGAAGGGUUAACAAAUCUACUGUGAAACCAAGACUGGCAUUUCCCAGCCUCAAAAGAACAGGUCAUUAACUUGUUAAUUAUUUGGCUGAAACACGGAGAAUCACAGGAAUUUUUGUUGAUCAAGUAAAUGAUAGAUCACAUCUAAGAUCCAGUUAAUAUUUAGCAGCUCCGUUGUAUAUGCAUCUUGAUUGGAAACAAGCAUAUUGUACGUGUCUUUCAAUCCUGUACACAGGAGGUCCGUUCAAGGUCAAUUACUGCUGUUACCUUUUUAUAUCAGAAAUUACCUUUACAGGUUACGCAUGAUGUGUUCAUUUUCCAACUAGGGCUCAGUCCUCUGAAGAGUGAUAUGAAGUAGUGUGUAUAUAUUCAAAAUUGAUAUGGUCAACACAGAAUUCUCAGACUGGGACUUCUUCAGGGGAAAUUUGUGAGUUUGUAUAAAUGGCUGGUUUUACUCAGAGACAGAAGAUCUCACUUUUAACUGUUUGUUGUAGACAUCUGAUUGUUUCAUGGGCAUUUACACAGAAAACACUCAGAUGCUCUCACUGUAAAUCUCGUUUUGCUUAGACAAACAGACAAAAGAUCAAUGAUUUUCUGUACAAGUCAUACCAAUGCUACUUUUAAAUGAUUUUUUAAAAUCUCUACCCUUGACGGCCCUUUGACAGGCUGAGCUCUGGUGGGACUUGGAUUUUGUAUGUGUAGAGAGGAGAGAUGUUAUAUUUUAUACUGUUACCUGAAUGCUGGACCAUACUUACUGCACUACAGCUAAAAUCUGCACAGACUUUAUGACUGCAUUCACACUACAGGACAAAAUGCAGUCCUCCUUACACAGCAAUGAAAACACUGUGGGCAAAUGUUGUGUUUGAGUGCAUAUGUAAAUCCUGCGAUUGUGUUGCAGUUUUGAUUUAGUCAUGGCUGCCUAACGUGGGAAAACACAUGGAAUCUGACUUUCUUUGUUUAGACUACCAUGAGAUCGUCAAAUAUGCGCAAAAGAAAAUUAAAUAAUCACAUUUUCUGUUCCUGUGUAAAUACAGCCAGUAGCUUGGGACCGUGGUUAAGCCUGAUACUGGAGAUUAAGAGAGUAAAUACACAGUUGUACACACAUUGGUGUCACUCCAACGGUCAUUUUGUAACAUUUGGGAGUUUUUACACUUGAUUUGGCAAACGGUGACAUCGCUGUGUUUUAAACUGAUGUCUUGCAGACUAAGGUGAACAGGUUGUACAGAUCAGCGUUUAACUGAACAAGUGACCCAGAUAACCCUAACGCUAAGCCUUUUUCCAUGUGUAGCCUGCACUAAAAAGAUCAGGCCUGAGUAACAGGAUGAGAUAUCGCACUUCUUGUUGCUGUGUAACCAAUACACAACAUAAACUGUCUGUUGUCGCUGUCUAGUGAAAACCCUGAGUUAAUAUGAGGCUUUACCUGCUCGUCUGUGGGUUAAGAAAGUUCUACAACGGCUGGCUUUAUGAAACCUUUUGAAAAACUAAUUAGAUAAAAUAAAAAAUGUGCAGUCGUCCAGCUACAAACAAGAUUGUUUUUCUUGGUUUCUGAAAAGUUGACAUUCCAGAGAAACAUGGUUGUCAUCGGACAGCAGCACUAUGUAACAAUAGAAAGAUAAUUGUAAUGUCAAACCUUUAAUACAAUCUUCAGCUGUUAUGAGACCCUGAAAUCCAAUAAAAAGCAAUUACUUUGUCGGGCUGCAGCGUGGAAGAUCGGACUUUUAGCUUCUCUUGGUGCAAAGCUUACCUUUUCAUCACAGACUGCACUGAAGCUGUAUUAUUAUCAUUAUUUUUUUUUCCACUGUUUAGAUGGUUAUGAAAAGAGUUGUGCCACAAGGAUUAAAAAGCAGAUUGGAUGGUUUUGUGUAAAUGAAACCUUUUUGUGCUUUUUCUUUUGUGUGUGUGUCCACUGCAAAAUCUUCCACAAUGAAGCAAGCUUGUGCUUUCAUUAUUUAAAAAAAAAAAAAAAAUCUAUUUUGUUCCUUUUCUCAUCUCAUCAUUUCAGUGUUAGCUCUUGCUUUUAUUUUUUUUAUUAUUUCUUUUCUGUAGUUUGAAAACAGUCUGGGUUCAUUUAACUUUCAAUUCACUUUCACAAUGUGUAUUUCUGAUAAUAUUCUUAUGCUCCCUUGAGAUACAUGAGAGUUGUCAUAUUAUGAAAAUAAGUGAGGUAAUGAAUGCUCGUCAUUGUCAAAUGAACUGCAUUGUAUAUUUGCAUUUUAAAUUGAUGGAGUGGAAACCGAGGAGAGUUUUAAAACACAUUUAAAAAAAAAA